GUCCCCAAUGCCCCCAAUCACCCCAACGCCCCCGAUGUCCCCGAUGUCCCCGUGUCCCCAGGUGCGCUCGGCGGUGGCCGUGGGCACCCCCGAUUACCUGUCCCCCGAGAUGCUGCUGGCCGUCGAGGACCCCUCGCGCUCCUACGGCCCCGAGUGCGACUGGUGGGCGCUGGGGGUCCUGGCCUACGAGAUGUUCUUCGGGAGACCCCCGUUCUUCGCCGACAGCGUGCUCGAGACCUACGCCAAGAUCCUGCACUUCCAGGACCACCUGCACCUGCCGGAGACCGACGAGGAGGAGGAGGAGGGCGCCGAAGGCUCGCGGGCCGUCCCGGCGGCGGCGCGCGCGCUCGUGCGGGGCCUGCUGUGCGCGCCGGGCGCGCGCCUGGGCCGCGGGGGCGCGCGCGACUUCCGCGCGCUGCCGCUGUUCGCGGGCGUGCGCUGGCGCGCGCUCCGCCGCUGCCCCGCCCCCUUCGCGCCCAGCGCCGCCGGCGCCGCCGACACCUCCAACUUCGACGUGCUGGACGAUUGCCUGAGCCAGCCGGAGCUGCUGGGGGAGCCGGGGGACCCCCCCGAGCUGGGGCUGCACCUCCCGUUCGUGGGGUACUCGUACGCCCGCGCCGAGCAGGAGGAUGAGGAAGAGGAGGAAGAGGAGGAUGAGGAUGAGGAGUGGGACCAGGACACGGCCAUGGAGCUGGAGGGGGAGUGGGGGACCCCCCCCGAGUCGGGGACCCCCCCGGGCAGCGGGACCCCCUUGGCCAUAGCGACCCCCCCGCGCAAGGGGACGCCCCCACCCCCGGGGGUGCUCCCGCCCGCCGGACCCCCCCCACCCACGGGGGUCCCCCCAUCGCAGGGCGCCCCAACCCCCCCGGGGACCCCCCCCUCAAAAAGAGCCCCCCCCGCCUACGGGGACCCCGACACCGAUGGAGGGUCCCCCCCCAAAAAGGCCCCCCCCCACCCACGGGGACCUCUGAACUCACGGGACCUCCCCCCCAAAAGGGCCCCCCUCCCCCAAAAAGGGCCCUCCCCACCCUCGGGGACCCCCCCGCCCACGGGAACACCCCCUCCCCAAAAAGCGCCGCCCCCCACCCCCAAGGGGAGCCCCCCCCCAACAAUCCCAUCCCCCACCCAAAGCCCCUCCCCCUCCCCAACUCGCGGGCACACCCCCGGCGGCGGCGCCCCCCCAAAAAGGGGUCUCCGCCCCCCAAGGCGGCCCCCCCACCCCAGGGACCCCCCCCGGCCAAGGGAGCCCCCCCGAGGACGCCCCCCCCCGGGCACGGAGCCCCCCCGGGCACCGCCGGUGGCGGUCCCGGCGCUCCCGGUGGCGCUCCCGGUGGCGGUCCCGGCGGUCCCGGUGGCGGUGCCGGCGGCGGUCCCAGCGAUCCCGGCGGCGGUCUCGGCGGUGCCGGUGUCGGUUCCGGCGGCGGUCCCGGAGCCGGUUCCGGUGUCGGUGCCGGAGCUCCGGGCGGCGCUGGCGAAGGAGCGCAGCGAGCGGGAGGAGCUGGAGCGGGAGCUCAGGAAGCUGCGGGCGGCGGGGCAGGGGCUGGCCCGGCGCCUGCAGGAGGCCGAGAGCCGCAACCUGGAACUGGAAGCGAAACUGCGGCGGCUGCAGAGCGACCCCCCCGGGCCCGGCCCCCCCCCGCCGCAAGGAGGCGCGGGGCAGCCCCCCCCCAUCGCGGCCCCCCCCGCGGAGCCCCCCCGGCUUUUCCGCUCCCCCCUGGGGCUGCCCCUGUCCCGGCACCUGCUGCUCUGGGCCCGGGUGCCACACCCCGGUGCCACCAAGGACUGUCUGCUGCUCUGCGCCGCCGGCCUGCGCCCCCCGCCCGCGCCCCCCGGGACCCCCCCUUAAUUCGGGGGUGUCCCCGAGGUGUCCCCAGGGUGUCCCCGAGGUGUCCCCGAGGUGUCCCCAGGGUGUCCCCAGGGUGUCCCCGAGGUGUCCCCGGGGUGUCCCCUCCUCCCCUUUGUUGCACUUGACCCCCCCUUUCCCACGGGGGGGGUGACCCUGUACAGACCCCCCCCCCAAAAUCCGAGCCCCCCCCCCCCAAAAUCACGAGACCCCCCCCCAAAAAAAAUCCCACCGCGCACUGAAGGGGGGGGGGGGU